CCAUGAUGCCAUCUAGUGGACUGAUAGGAGAAGUACUGCAGCUGAUGGCAGCUUUCCUCUUCAUCACUGCUGUCUGUCUGCAUUCAACUGAAACACUAUGAUAUAAAACAGAGAGAAAGAGCCAGUCUGUGGAGGAGCAGCUGGUAUUUUUACAGGAGAAAUUAUGUAAAUUUCAGCUGAUGUGCAGAUGAAUGAUGUGUGUUUCUUUCCACAUGAAGGUAGAAAGUGUGUGUGAGCUGAUGUGGAUGUGAACUCAGCAGCAUGGAUCAGUGUGAGGACAGAGAGGAGGGAGCCCCUCCCUCUAAAACCACUGAGUGUGGGAAACAUGAGAGCCAGACCAGAGCUCAGAGUCCAGAGCAGCAGCACACACCAGACUCUGCUGGACCUGGACCAGGACCCAGCUGUGUGUCCAUGAAGAGCAACCAAUCAAUGUCUCCUCCUCUUAAAUUCAGCCAAUCUGUUGAUGGAAGGAUCCAGCAGCAGAGACCAGACUCUCCUGAACCAAGCUGUCUGUCUUUAAAGAGCGACCGGUCGAAGGGCAAGCUCAUUGGUUUUAAAAGACAACGUCCAUCAGCUGAUCAGAUAGUGGACCAGGAGAGCUCAGAGGUUCCCAGUGGUCAGUCUGCCCAGCAGCAUCAAACACAGCUGGACUCCAUAUUUAUGAUGCUGGAGGAGAACAUGGUCACUUUUGUGAAGAACGAGCUGAAGAAGAUCCAGAAGGUUCUGAGUCCAGAUUUCCCACAAGGCUUAGAGUGUCAGGGGGAGGAUGAGGAGGUGCUGGAUGGUGAGGAUGAAGAGCAGAGGAGGAGCAGCAGAGAGGCAUUUCUGAAGAUUACAGUGAACUUUCUGAGGAGAAUGAAGCAGGAGGAGCUGGCUGACUGUCUGCAGAGCAGAACACCUGCUGCAUUUAGUCAACGUAAACUCAAAUCUACUCUGAAGAAGAAGUUCCAGCUUGUGUUUGAGGGGAUCGCUAAAGCAGGAAACCCAAACCUUCUGAAUCAGAUCUACACAGAGCUCUACAUCACAGAGGGAGGGACUGGAGAGGUCAAUGAUGAACAUGAGGUCAGACAGAUUGAAACAGCAUCCAGGAAACCAGUCAGACCAGAAACAACCAUCAGACAAGAAGACAUCUUUAAAGUCUCACCUGGAAGAGAUGAACCAGUCAGAACAGUGAUGACAAAGGGAGUGGCUGGCAUUGGGAAAACUGUUUUUACACAGAAGUUCACUCUGGACUGGGCUGAAGACAAAGCCAACCAGGACAUACAGUUCACAUUUCCAUUCACCUUCAGAGAGCUGAAUAUACUGAAAGAGAGAAAGUUCAGCUUGGUGGAACUUGUUCAUCACUUCUUUACUGAAACCAAAGAAGCAGGAAUCUGCAGGUUUGAUCAGUUCCAGAUUGUGUUCAUCUUUGACGGUCUGGAUGAGUGUAGACUUCCUCUGGACUUCCACAACACUGAGAUCCUGACUGAUGUUACAGAGUCCACCUCAGUGGACGUGCUGCUGACAAACCUCAUCAGGGGGAAACUGCUUCCCUCUGCUCGCCUCUGGAUAACCACACGACCUGCAGCAGCCAAUCAGAUUCCUCCUGAGUGUGUUGGCAUGGUGACAGAGGUCAGAGGGUUCACUGACCCACUGAAGGAGGUGUACUUCAGGAAGCGGUUCAGAGAUGAGGAUCAGGCCAGCAGGAUCAUCUCCCACAUCAAGACAUCACGAAGCCUCCACAUCAUGUGCCACAUCCCAGUCUUCUGCUGGAUCACUGCUACAGUUCUGGAGGAGGUGUUGAAAACCAGAGAGGGAGGAGAGCUGCCCAAGACCCUCACUGAGCUGUACAUCCACUUCCUGGUACUUCAGUCCAAACUGAAGAACAUCAAGUAUGAUGGAGGAUGUGAGACAGAUCCACACUUUAGACCAGAGACCAGGAAGAUGAUUGAGUCUCUGGGAAAACUGGCUUUUGAGCAGCUGCAGAAAGGAAACCUGAUCUUCUAUGAAUCAGACCUGACAGAGUGUGGCAUCAAUAUCAGAGCAGCCUCAGUGUACUCAGGAGUGUUCACACAGAUCUUUAUAGAGGAGAGAGGCCUGUACCAGGACAAGGUGUUCUGCUUCGUCCAUCUGAGUGUUCAGGAGUUUCUGGCUGCUCUUCAUGUCCAUCUGACCUUCAUCAACUCUGGAGUCAAUCUGCUGUCAGAAGAACUAACAACAUCCAAGUUGUCCAAGAGAAGAAAAUUUGAAUCUACAGGGACAAACUUCUACCAGAGGGCUGUGGACGAGGCCUUACAGAGUCCAAGUGGACAACUGGAUUUGUUCCUCCGCUUCCUCCUGGGUCUUUCACUGAAAACCAAUCAGACUCUCCUACGAGGCCUGCUGAUGGAGAGAGGAAGUGACUCACAGACCAAUCAGGAAGUAGUCCAGUACAUCAAGAAGAAGAUCGAAGAGACUCCCUCUGCAGAGAAAAGCAUCAACCUGUUCCACUGUCUGAAUGAACUGAAUGAUCGUUCUCUAGAGAAGGAGAUCCAACAAUUGUUGAGUUCAGGAAGUCUCUCCACAGAUAAACUGUCUCCUGCUCAAUGGUCAGCUCUGGUCUUCAUCUUACUGUCACCAGAAGAAGAUCUGGACGUGUUUGACCUGAAGAAAUACUCCGCUUCAGAGGAGGCUCUUCUGAGGCUGUUGCCAGUGGUGAAAGCCUCUAACAAAGCUCUACUGAAUGGCUGUAACCUCUCAGAGAGAAGCUGUGAUGCUCUGGCCUCAGUUCUCAGCACCCAGUCCUCUAGUCUGAGAGUCCUUGACCUGAGUAACAACAACCUGCAGGAUUCAGGAGUGAAGCUGUUGUCAGCUGGGCUGGAGAGUCCACACUGUUCACUGGAAACUCUCAGGCUGUCAGACUGUCUGAUCACAGAGGAAGGCUGUGCUUCCCUGGCCUCAGCUCUGAGGUCCAACCCCUCCCAUCUGAGAGAGCUUGACCUGAGCUACAAUCAUCCAGGAGAUUCAGGAGUGAAGCUGUUGUCUGCUGCACUGGAGGAUCCACACUGGAGACUGGAGACUCUCAGGGUGGAGCCUGGUGGAGUCCAAUGGUUGACACCAGGUCUGAGGAAGUAUUCAUGUGAACUCACACUUGACACCAACACAGUGAACACAAAGAUCAAACUGUCUGACAACAACAGGACGAUGACACAUGUGGAGGAGGAUCAGUCAUAUCCUAAACAUCCAGACAGAUUUGACCAGUCUCCUCAGCUCCUGUGUAGAACUGGUCUGACUGGUCGCUGUUACUGGGAGGUCGAAUGUAGAGGAGGGGUUUACAUAUCAGUGAGUUACAAAGGAAUUAGAAGGAGAGGAAACACAGACGACUGCAGGUUUGGAAGGAACGAUCAGUCCUGGAGUCUGUUCUGCUCUGAUGGUGGUUCCUAUGUCUGGUACGAUAAGAGAGGAAGAACCAUUCCCUCCUUCUCCUCCUCCUCCUCCUCUGGCUCUCACAGAGUAGCAGUGUAUGUGGACUGUCCUGCUGGCACUCUGUCCUUCUACAGAGUCUCCUCUGACUCACUGAUCCACCUCCACACCUUCAACACCACAUUCACUGAACCUCUGUAUCCUGGGUUUGGGUUCUCAGUCCACUCUUGUUCUGGUUCCUCAGUGUCCCUGUGUUUAGAGUCUCCGAAAUGAUUCUAUUUAAACUUCUUCCUCUUUUUGUCCUUUAAAGAUGGAAGCUACGAAUAACUUUCCUUUCUUUUCACAAUAAAAGCUUUGCUGUGAAUAUCAGUUUUUUACAUUCUCUGAAUCUUCGGACAAUUGAAUGCUAAACAGGUGAAUAAGAAUUGAUAUUUAAUUUUAAAGCCAAUGGCCAAAGGGAAGACAGAAAUUCUCCAGGAGAAGAACUUGUUUUGUUUCUGUCCCAGUCUCUCGUGCUGUUGAAAGACUUGUCAAAAGUUUUGAGGUGAUGGGUUUCAAUCCUCAGUGAACUCAAUGAAGGUUGAAGUCCAACACCUACAGUGAAAUCAAAAUCUCUGACAAAGUUGUGAGACAUUUAGAGGUUGUGUAUUUAAGCAAUUCCAAAAGACCAACACCCCACUGAAAGACUGAAAAGCUUUUAGAAAUGUCUCCAGUGUCUCUGACUAAAUAUGUCUUGGUGUUAGAAGACUCUUCAGGUGUUUUACAGUCACUGGUUCCAUCCUCAGAUGCCUCAGUGAAGUCUGAAGUCCAACACGCAAAGUGGGAAACUUCUAAAACUGUGGUUGAAUGAUUUAGAAAGCUCCCAACUACCAUCAAGAGUUUGAGUUUUGAAACCAUAAGCAGCUGAAUUUUAAUGUAAAAUAGAUGUUUGUUAUUAAGUUGUUGUUUUUUUAAAUAAAUGAUGAAAAUGUUUUGCAUUUUUUACUCUUUUAAAGUGUCUAAGUGGUUUCCUGUUUUUCAUGUUUUAUAGUAAAUCCCCAGGCUGUUAACAACACUUACUGGGGAUAUUUUAAAUACAUAUGUCAUGUCCAUCAUUUGCUUUUUUGAAAUGUUGUCUUGAAACCAUAAGCAGCUGAAGUUCUAUGUAAAUUAGAUGUUUUUUAAUAAAGAGUUUUGUCUUCUGUCUUGA